AUGGGAGGCCAGAAAACUGUGUCUUCUCCUUCUUCUUCUUCCUCUUCCUCUUUUUGGUUCUCUCACUUCUGCUCCUCAGCUCUCAGGACCAAACCCUUAAAUUCUCCACAUGACACCAACCUCGUCUCCCGCAAUUCCACUGAUGCCCUCGUGCGUCGCCUCGGCCUCCUCGAUCUCAUCCUCCUCGGUGUUGGUGCCUCCAUCGGUGCCGGCAUCUUUGUUGUAACCGGCACCGUCGCCCGCGAUGCUGGCCCUGGGGUGACAUGUAGUUUUAUAAUAGCUGGGUUAUCGUGCGUGUUAAAUGCACUGUGUUAUGCAGAGUUAGCUUCACGUUUACCUGCUGUUGUUGGAGGAGCAUACUUGUAUGCAUAUUCAGCUUUCAAUGAGCUUACUGCUUUUCUUGUUUUUGGGCAAUUGAUGAUUGAUUAUCACAUUGGGGCAGCUAGUAUAGCAAGAAGCUUAGCAAGUUAUGUUGUUACAAUUUUAGAGAUGUUCCCUGUGUUUAAAGAUAAAAUUCCGAGUUGGAUUGGACAUGGUGGUGAAGAGUUCUUUGGAGGAACUCUUUCGAUAAAUUUGUUAGCACCAAUUUUACUUGCUAUUUUGACUAUAAUUUUGUGUUUGGGUGUUGGAGAAUCUUCGAUUGUGAACUCUUUCAUGACUGUAUUAAAGGUUGUCAUUGUUAUUAUUGUAAUCUUUGUGGGUGCUUUUGAGGUUGAUGUUUCAAACUGGUCACCUUUUGCUCCACAUGGUGUAAAAGAGAUAUUGACUGGAGCCACUGUAGUGUUCUUUGCAUAUGUUGGGUUUGAUGCAGUUGCAAAUUCAGCUGAAGAAUCUAGGAGACCACAGCGAGACCUGCCGUUAGGCAUCAUCGGAAGCCUUUUCAUAUGCAUUGCACUUUAUAUUGGAGUCUGUUUGGUGCUCACUGGGAUGGUACCUUACUAUCGCCUUGGGGAAGACGCUCCUUUGGCUGAGGCUUUUACGUCCAAGGGCUUGAAAUAUGUUUCUGUUUUAAUCAGCGUAGGUGCUGUUGCUGGACUUACAACGACCCUUUUAGUUGGUCUUUACGUUCAGUCUCGAUUAUAUUUGGGUCUUGGAAGGGAUGGUUUACUGCCUUCUUUAUUUAGUAAAGUGCACCCUACACGCCACACUCCUAUUCAUUCUCAAGUCUGGGUUGGUAUUGUUGCUGGCAUUCUGGGAGGGUUGCUUAACGUGCACGUGCUCUCACACAUUCUUUCAGUUGGUGCAUUGACAGGUUAUUCUGUGGUUUCAGCAUGCGUCGUAACCCUUCGCUGGAAGGAUAAGACGGCGAGUCAAGUUUCUUCAGGAUGGACUUCAGCGUGGAGGGAAGGGAUUCUUUGCCUUAUCAUAGUUGCCUCUUGUGGUUUUGCUGCUGGACUCUUCUACCGUUUUAGUGCUUCAUUUAUUUUUUUGGUUGUGGCAGUUGUUAUAGCUAUACUUGCUAUUGCUGCUCUUUGUUGCCGUCAAGCUUACACAGCCACUCCGGGGUUUUCAUGUCCCGGGGUUCCCAUUGUGCCAGCUGUUUGCAUCUUCUUCAACAUCUUCCUGUUUGCUCAGUUGCACCAUGAAGCAUGGGUGAGAUUUGUUGUCCUCAGCAUCAUCAUGAUUGGAAUAUAUGCAUUCUACGGGCAGUAUCAUGCCAAAGCAAGUUCGGAUGAGACAGUUAUUUAUCAGAGGACUCCUGCAGAAGAAACUUGA